CUCGUAGAAACUUAGAAAAUCCAUAACACCGGUUUUUGAAUUUCCUUCGGCCUCCAUAAAUUUUUUGGUUUUUGACUCAUGCUCUGAUUUGAUUCUCGGGAAAAUUUUCAGUUUUCUCGGCCACCUUCUCGCACCCAUUCCCUUCCCUCUGCCAACGUGUAAACCUGGUCGCCAUAGCCGAACGCAAGAGCAGGUCGAGGUUGGUCUCGUUUUACAUGCCGAUCACAGACUAAGGCAGUCGCUGGUUCUCCUCCUAAUCCAAUUUUGUUCAGUCCGUUCGAAUCAACCGAGAUCUGUCGGUGGUGUCCUUAUUCCGGCGUGUUUGCGUCGGGAAAAUCUCUGUAGCCGGGGAAAAUGAAGAGAACAGGAGAUGAUGUGUUUCCUGUUUCUCAAUUCAAACGCCCAUUUGGCUCCUCUCGCGGAGAAGCGUACGAGCAAACCCCAGCUUCAGGAGGGGCACACGGAGUUGUUGGGCCAAGAGUGGCUGGAGAUGGAGGAGUGGGAGGUGAAGCUGUUGCAUUUGCUUCUCAGAAAUUGACAACAAAUGAUGCCUUGGGCUAUCUGAAAGAAGUCAAAGAAAUAUUUCAAGAUCAAAGGGAAAAGUACGAGACUUUUCUUGAGGUGAUGAAGGACUUCAAGGCUCAAAGGACCGACACAGCUGGUGUAAUAGGGAGGGUUAAAGAAUUAUUCAAAGAGCAUAAGAACUUGAUAUAUGGUUUUAAUACCUUUUUGCCGAAGGGAUAUGAAAUAACCAUCGAAGAGGAUGAUGCUCCACCAAAAAAAUCAGUUGAGUUUGAAGAAGCGAUAAGCUUGGUGAACAAAAUAAAGAAACGUUUCCAAACUGAAGAGCACGUUUACAAAUCUUUUUUGGAUAUCUUGAAUAUGUACCGAAGACAGCACAAGGACAUACAUGAGGUUCACAGAGAGGUUUCCACUCUUUUCUUGGGCCACCCUGAUUUGCUUGAGGAAUUCAUGAGGUUUCUACCAGAUGUUUCAGCAACAUCCCAGCAGGCCCCGUUUGGUUGUAAACGACUUCAGAGAUACUAUGAGCAGAGCUGUGGUGCAUCUGUGCAGCGGCAAGUGCGAGCUGAAAAGUUACAGCAACAUCGGUAUGAUCAGACUGUUGUUGGAGAUCGUGAUGCUACUGGCAGUGAUUUCCCUGAUUAUGAUGAUAAUAAGGGAGUAAUGAAGAUGGAUAAAGAAUAUAGAAGGCGUGUGGAAAAUCAGAAUAGAAAUGGGAGAAACCAUGGCCAAGAUGAUAUGGAAAUCGAGCAAGACAAUGAUAGGGACUCCAGUCUGCUGCAUUUUCCUGAAAAAAGGAAACUAGAAAAGAAGAUGGAAGGUUUCGGGACCUAUUCUGGUCACAUCCCAUUUGACGAAAAAGGCAUCUAUGACCAGGCAUGUAGUUUCUGCGAGAAAGUCAAGGAGAGGUUAUGCAGCCAAGAAGAUUACCAGGCAUUCUUGAAGUGCCUUGAUAUAUUUAGUACUGGAAUAAUUAAACGAAAUGACUUGCAGAAUUUGGUGACUGAUCUCCUUGGAGAAUAUCCUGAUCUCAUGGAUGAGUUUAAUCAGUUCUUGAAGCAAUGUGAAAAUAUCGAUGGAUUUCUCUCCAGUGUUAUUAGUGGAAAAUCACUGUGUGUUGGUGGACAUAUAAAUCGGGUAACAAAAAUGGGAGGUGGGGAGAGAGAGGACGACCAUGAUAUUGAGGUUGCUAAAGAAAAGGAAAGAUGCAAGGAGAAGUACUGGGCAAAAUCAAUUCAAGAGCUAGAUCUGGCUGAUUGUGAACGUUGUACUCCCAGCUAUAGGCUCCUUCCACAGGAUUAUCCGAUCCCUGCAGCAAGCCAUAGAUCAGAGCUUGGAAUUGAGGUCUUGAAUGAUCACUGGGUAUCAGUCACUUCAGGAAGUGAAGACUACUCCUUUAAGCACAUGCGCAGAAAUCAGUUUGAAGAAAGUUUAUUUAGAUGUGAAGAUGAUAGAUUUGAGCUGGAUAUAUUGUUGGAAAAUGUGAACUAUACUGCUAAACGUGGAGAGGCUCUAUUGAAGUGCAUUAUCGAAAACAAUAUGGAUAGGCCAAUUCGAAUUGAAGACUACUUCACUGCUAUAAAUUUAAGGUGUAUUGAACGGCUGUACGGAGACCACGGUCUUGAUGUACUUGAAGUAUUGUACAGAAAUCCUGCUCUUGUACUGCCUGUUAUCCUUACUCGCCUGAAGCAGAAACAGGAAGAGUGGUCAAAAUGCCGUGAAGAAUUUAACAAGGUUUGGGCUGAAGUAUAUGCUAAAAACCAUUAUAAAUCACUUGAUCAUCGCAGCUUCUACUUCAAGCAGCAAGACCCGAAGAACUUGAGCAUGAAAGCUUUGGUUGCUGAAAUCGAGGAAUUGAAAAAGAAGAUGCGGAAGGAAAGUAGUUUUCCCCUGGUUAUUGAUGCCAGUCAUAGGCACCCCAUGGUUCCACAUCUCAAAUAUGAAUUUGGUGAUGCUAGUAUACAUGAAGACUUGCACAAGCUUCUACAAUUUUCAUGCGAAGAGAUCUGUUCCAAAGAACAGAUUAGUAAAAUUAUGGGAUUGUGGAAUAAAUUCUUGGAGACUUUCCUUGGUGUCUCUCCUCGCUCUAUUGGUGCAGAAGCUGUUGAAGAUGUUGGAGAAAGAAAACAAGCUGAGACGGUAAAUAAUGAACCAGUACCAGCGUAUUCAAUUGGAAAGCCUGUCACUGUCAUGUCUGAACUAACAUCUAGGCAAUUAAAAGUAGCUGAGACUAGAGAUGAGAAUGUUUUGCCACUGGUCCCGGGUCUUGGUGGAAGCAGUUUGAUAAAUGAGGUUUGUGGGGCCGAGGAAAGUCAUGGGAAAGCUGAUCACACCGGUAAAGAUGAUCCUACUGGUUCUUCUGACAACGUAGAUAAGGAAGUGGCUGGCGUAGAGGAAACUGAGAAGCGGCAUGAUGGAAGUGAACAAGUGGAAGGUGGUGAAAUAGUAGCCAUUUCAGUUCAGUCACUUGGUGAUCAAGCAGGAAAAGGUUCUGAGGGAAAUGACCCCCGGAAUAAAGAAGCUUCAGCUGAGGAUCAUCUACCUGAACACAAUGCUAUACCUUCAUUCCAGGAUGGAGAGGCUAAAACUCCAGCAGUAUUACCGGGUGGAGUGGUACUGAGUGAUUCUUGUGAUACACAUCAUGGUAAAUCUAGUAAACUUCCAGAAAUUGAGAAGGAAGAGGGUGAAUUAUCUCCUGACGUGGAUAUGGAAGAGGAUAACUUUGUCAUUCCCGUGCCAUCGCAACAUCAAUCUAGCAGUUGUGAAGAGCAGAAAUCUCACGAAGUUCAAGGAGAUAAGGAUGCUCAUAAUGAAGGCAGCGAAGAUGCUUGCAAAGUCGGGCAUGUAAGUAGCUCUCUCCAUGGCGACUGCUUGAGAGAUGAAUGUGGAGCAGGGGAAGGAGAACAAAGCAACUUGGAUGACAAUGCAGAGACUGACGAAAAAGCAGACAGGUUGACCAGUACAAGUCCUGCUCCAACCUGUUUGGAAUAUGUUUCUUUGUCCCUAAAGCCCCUUGCAAAGCAUGUCCCAACUACCGAAGAAAGGAGAGAUUUGCGGAUUUUCUUCGGCAACGAUGAUUUUUAUGUGCUUUUCAGGUUACAUCAGACCUUGUAUGAGAGAAUCCUAGCUGCAAAAACAAAUUCUACAGCAGCUGACGUGAAAUGGAGGAACUGCAAGGAUUCUAGUCCUUUGGACCGGUACACUAGAUUUAUGAGCGCUCUGUGCAGUCUUCUCGAUGGAUCAGCUGAUAACGCGAGGUUUGAGGAUGAAUGCCGAGCUAUUAUCGGAAAUCAUUCUUAUGUGUUAUUCACAUUGGACAAGUUGAUAUUCAAAUUGGUGAAACAGCUCCAAAUGACUGCGACCGAGGAGACAGAUAAGAAGCUUCUCCAACAGUAUGAAUAUGAAAACUCUCACAAUCCUCGUACUAGGACCGAUUCAGUUUACUAUGAAAAUGCAAGAGUGCUGCUCCAGGAGGAAAAUAUGUAUCUGUUUGAAUGUUCAUCCUCUCCUCAUGAGCUCACCAUUCAUUUGAUGGAUUCUGUUGCUGAAACUCCCGAGCCAAAGGGAUUAUCCAACAAACCCUACAUUGCUGAUGACCUCCAUAACAAAGGCUUAUCUGCCUCUCCCAAUGGAAAGGAAGCAGAAGUUACUGCAUUACCGAGAUCUUCCUCGUCUUAAAGAUGUAUUCUUUCUUCCUCCUAAUCAUCAUCCAUAAGGUGGUGAUUCUCUCUCGCGAAUCGCUCUAACGUUGAUAGUUAUAACGUCUCGAGAGGGAACUUUCGAGGACAGAUUCAUAUUCAGUGGAAGCAAAACAUAAGAAUGUGGUUUUUAACUCUUGUUUGCGUUGCUUGAAUUCAUAGCCUAAUUUCAUGUCCCUUUUUUUUCACUAAACGCAAUUCUGCGCCUUUUCAUAAUUUUGGGCUGAUUUUGUAAUUAGUUUUAUUUUAGGCGCACAGGCGUAAUUUUUAAAAGUUUAAGAAAGGAAAGCUUUCUCCCUAUGAUCCAUUUCGCGGCCGAAGUCGGUUAGAUACCAUUCAAUA